UCCCUCUUCAUUGAACAAAAAACCAGACACCCUCUUUAGUUAAGGUUUGUUUGGACAUGAAAUCUUGAGCUGUUUUCCUUAAAUAAUCCGAAGUUGAGAGAAGCAAAGAGUAUGGAUUGCAAGGCUGAGAGGUACUUUAUGUUGUUGAAGUCUUUUGUUUGUGUUGAAGAAGAUCAUUCACAUUCCCAAACACAACUUCAAGAUUUGCUGUCUUGUCUUCAAGGUGAAAGACUCAAAAUUGAUGCUUUCAAACGUGAACUUCCUCUUUGCAUGCACCUUUUAAACAAUGCUUUGGAGAGUUGUAGACAACAGCUACAAGCAUGGAGAGUAAACAGCAAAAUCCAUCAACAAAAUGGGGAAAAACCAGUUCUUGAAGAGUUCAUUCCACUCAAACAAUCAACCUCGCAACCCUCACAAACCCUAUCAAACAUUUCUGAUAGGGCAAACUGGAUGACGUCAGCCCAACUUUGGAGCCAAACAACAAAUGAUGAAUCAAAACCAAUUCUUUCCUCUUCCAAACAACAACAACAACAACAACAACCCAUUGACCAUCAACUUGGAUUCAUCCAAAAGCUUCAUACAAACUCCAAUAAUCGUGGAGCUUUUCUUCCCUUCUCAAAAGAUUCAAUUUUGAGCCAUACCCACUAUUCUACUCCUCCUCAGCUUCCCGAUUUGGCCCUCGCCGCUGCCCCCGCCACCGGUGGUGGUAAUCGGCAAGAGGUUGAUGGAAAUAAAUGUGGUAAUUCCGAUCACCACCAGCCGGAAAAUGGUAAUAUGGUCACCGGGAAAGUGAAUUUGGGCGGCGAGGGAGAAGUUAUUACAAGUAAUAAUGCGAAUAGUAAUAACAAUACUAACAACUCUACCACUCAGAAUGGUCACCGGAAAGCUAGAAGGUGCUGGUCGCCGGAUUUGCACCGGCGGUUCGUUAAUGCUCUUCAAAUGCUUGGUGGUUCACAAGUUGCCACGCCAAAGCAAAUCAGGGAGCUGAUGAAGGUCGACGGUUUGACCAAUGAUGAGGUCAAAAGCCAUCUACAGAAAUACAGGCUGCACACGAGACGGCCCAGUCCAAGCCCACAAGCGGCAGGAGCUCCUGCGCCGCAGCUGGUGGUCUUAGGAGGCAUCUGGGUUCCACCGGAUUACGCCGCGCAUGGCGGAGCACCAGCCCUCUACGGACCACACCCAACAACCUACUGUGGACCGCCGGUGAACCAAGAUUUCUAUCCGCCGCUACCGCACCACCAGCACAUGCUACAAAUGUACAAGGGCGCCGCCACUGCUCAGCCCCAAAUCUCGCCACAUUCAGAUGAAGGAGGCAACGGCGACCGGUCAGAGAGCAUAGAGGACGGCGGAAAGUCGGAGAGCGGCAGCUGGAAGGUGGAGAGCGGCGGAGAGGGAAAGGGGAAGUUGGCGGCGCUAAGGCAAGAGGGCGGAGAAGCGAGCAAUGGGAGUGAAAUCACACUCAAGUUCUAGAGUGUAAUUAAGCGAUUAAUUAAGAUGUGAUUAGGGGGUUUAGACUAAUUAAUUUUAAGAGUUAGAAAUAUGAAUAUAUUAGAGAGAGAGAGAGAGAGAGAGAGAGAGAGAGCCCUUUGU